CGGCCAUACCCAUGUGUUUUUGUACCUUAUGAAUUACACGUUUGAGAAGAGAAGUUAGUGGUGUGUUUUGGUUUUUAGUGGGUUCCUAAACGAAUGACUACACUUGAGGUUAAGCAUACAUCGAUGUAAUUUAGUGGAAACCUUUAAAUGGUUUGAUAAGUGUAACUGCUGACCGCAUGAGCGUAUAUGUAAGAUACAGCUCCUCACAGCCAUGAGCCAUGUCCUUUUGUAUGACGUCUAGCUAGCCCAUGUGUGUUAAAGAUAUCUUCUCACAACUGUUAUUCCCGAAUAAAGUGAAACGUUAGUGUGAUCGACUCCAGCAUAAUAUGGCAACCUCGAUGGUGGUCCCGGUUGUGGAUGUACAGAGCAAUAAUUUCAAAGAGAUGUGGCCAGCAAUUUUGUUGGCCAUUAAAUCAUCAUCUUUUAUAUCUUUGGACACGGAGCUGAGCGGUUUGGGAAACAGAAAGAGUCUUCUUGCAGAGUCCAUUGAAGACCGUUAUAAGGCAAUUUGCCAUGCAGCUCGUACACGCUCCAUUCUGUCCCUUGGUUUGGCGUGUUUCAAGAAACUUGAGGAUAAAGCUGACCAUACUUACUUCGUGCAAGUGUACAACUUGACUUUACUCUGUUCAGAGGAGUAUGUUAUUGAACCCCAAUCAGUCCAGUUCCUUGUGCAACAUGGUUUUGAUUUCAACAAACAGUAUGCUCAGGGGGUCCCAUACAAUAAGGGCAACGAUAAGGGUGGCGAUGUCCAUGUGAUAAAUGUUCGUAAUCUUUUCGUGGAGAUCCUCAGAGCUCACAAGCCUUUGGUUGUUCAUAAUGGAUUGGUUGACAUGGUUUUCCUGUACCAGAGUUUCUAUGCCCAUUUGCCCGAGAAGCUGGGUACGUUUACUGCAGACCUCUCGGAGAUGUUCCCAGCAGGCAUCUAUGACACCAAAUACGCCACUGAGUAUGAGCUGCGGCUCACGGCCUCAUAUCUGGAGUACGCCUUUAAGAAGUGCAAGCUGGAUAAUGGCAGAUCCAUUCAGGCAGGUGGCCACGGGCCUCAUGUGUUCCUGGAGUUCUGUAACUACACUGGGAACAUGCAGAGCUAUGUGGACUACAGGCCAUGCGCUGAUGGUCACGUGGGAGGCGCAACAGAUGUCUGCAUACAGUUCUCUGCUUACGGGUGGUGUCCCAAUGGGUCUCAGUGCCCCAUGUCUCACGACACAGACCUGAUCAUCCAGCAGGACGAGCGGACUAAGGAGAGCAAGCGCCAGAAGAGGAAACGCAAGAAGAAGCAGAAGGGCCCACAGGAGUCGUGCGAGGAGGGUCUGGACGCACCCCCGACCAAGCAGGCUCACCUAGAGGGCAGCAAUGUCGAGGAGCAAGGUCAGAACAAUGGAGUGGAGAAGAACUGCACCAGCGCUGCCACCGAGAUGACCGAUGACCUUCAGGAAGAUAGCUGUGCAGAUGCAGGCAGCAUAAACCGUGAGACUUUGGGAGCGUCCACAGAGGAGGAAGGAGCUGUUCCAUCUGGGGCUCAGACUGGGGACCCCUCAGCGCUGGCGGUCAAGACUAGGGAAGCAGACGCAGCAGUGAAGAGGGCAGAGGCGGGGACCCACAGAGCUGGCUUUGAUGCCUUUAUGACCGGAUACAUCUUUUCCUACGCCAGUUCUCUGGCAGCGAAAAGCGAGGAGUCGAGCCCAGGCAAAUGGCUGCUUGGCUGCUUAAACAAACUUUAUCUAAGUGGUAAAUCCGUACCCUUACACAUUGUGAAAAGCACAUUUUCCAAGUCGUCAAAGGCACACAUGCAUAAAAUGGACAUUGUCUGGGGAAAGCGCCUCAGUAACAAUGCAGCUCCAAGGGUGGAAACGAUGGCAUGAUGUGAGUCGUGUUUGAAAUGGUUUUGUUAUUAACAAUGACUUUAGAGUCUGUGGGCGUACAGGUAACACAGAUGUGUCCUGGUCUUGCGUUUCAUCAAACAUUGUAUAUGGUGUUCAUUUAAUUGAGGUCAUCCAUCUCAUUCUCAUUUGGUGUCAUGUUAUGAUUUCGAAGAUGGAAUGGUUCUUUCAAAAUCUGAGACUGUAUAAAGAAAUGACAAAACAAAAACCAUACAUUCUACUGUAGUGCAGUUACAUAUAAAGUUGAGUUUUAUUUGUAACAAUUGGAUAUACAAGUUUUAUAAUGGUGUACAUUUAUAAAAUUAAAGCCAGAUGAAUGGAAAA